CCCUACAAACUACUUCAUUUUCCCCAUCCUUCAUUUUGGUGAGUUACCGGCCGGACGACCAAAGAAAUUUCACGAACAUGUUGACGGUAAAGACAUCGCCUGUAUUUUCUGUGACGUUACAGCACGUGGGCGACGCCGCCGUCGGCAGCCGGAGGAUCAAUAACACCGAUCAGGUGACAAUUCCUGCUCGCCGGCUGCAACUCCUUCCGUCGUCCAGCGCACAACUACUUCUCCAUCGGCAUGCACGUACCUCGUCAAACAAGGGACGGAACGUGGUUGCUUACAGUAACGGUGAAUCAGGAGGAGGAGCUGCUGUUCCUUCUCCCGCUCCUUCAAGUUCAUCCGGCGGUUUUGACUGGAAAGGGUGGCUUGUUGGGGUGAUAAUGAGCGUCCUGCUGCCCUUUUGGCGUGGCCAAUUAUGGUCACUCAAAAAGAUACAAGUUAAUGUGGAGUCUGUGCUGGAGAGGAUGGAAGAGGUGGCGGAGACGGUGGAGGAGGUGGCGGAGAAAGUGGAGGAAGUGGCGGACGAGAUCGGAGACAACCUGCCGGAAGGGGAGCUGAAGGAGAUGCUGGAAAAAGUGGAGGAGGCUGCCGGGAAAGCUGCAAAGGCCGCCGACGUAGCUCAACAAGUCCUUGAAACGGUACAAGAAAUGGAGGAUCAAGUGGAAUCUUACAUCGAUAAAGCUGCUGCCAAGAAUAGACAAAAGAAGGUUAAUUAAUUAAGCUGCGAUAAACUCACUAUUGUACAGUUAUCACAAUAUUCAUCGGGCCAUGGUCAAAAAUGAUAGGCGAAAGGUUUUCGGUUUUUUCCUGUGAGGUGUAGCUUAGCAUAAUAAUGAAAGAUGGUAUAUAUCGUACGAU